AUGCUGUUGCUGGUCCCGCUUCAACGAUACCUAUUAGCCCUUGGCCUGAUAGCCCUUAUUGGGCUCUUUGUCGGCUCUGCAUCGGCAAGAUUUAUUUCGGAUAAUAUUUGUCUAGCAAUGCCAAAUGGGCAGAAGUUGCCCGUUACCGACGACUGUGCUGCAUACAUCGUUUGCGAAUACAAUGUACAGAAAAUUCAACACUGCGCCUUCGGCACACUGUUUGACCCUUACGCGAUGGUUUGUAACUGGGCUGCGUUCGUCAAAUGUGGACAAACACCUUCGUUGCCUCCAUCGUCGAUUGUUGUUGCGCCCUCCUCUACCCCUCCUUCCAUUCCGACUGUUCAAACACCUUUCAGCACGACAUCCUUUAAACCGCCUAUAGCUUUCCCCAGUGCCAUUCCGACUGCUCCGACACCUCCACCAACAACAACAACAGGAUACCCCAACGUGCCUACUGCUCCCACUGCACCGCCAACAACACAACCACCGUACAUUCCCACUGCUCCUACGGCGGCACCAACAUCAAGAACGCCAGUGGUGGUGACUUCUGUUCCGACGAUUCGUCCAACCACUACACCGCGACCGAUGAUAACCACCGCCCCAACCUUCUAUCCACCCAUGAAUCCAUACCCAUUCUGCACACCGGAAGAGUUCAGCUUCAUCGCCCAUCCGUCUGCCUGCGAGAGUUACUAUAUUUGCGCCUACGGCAAGCUGAUCUUGCACAGCUGUGGUCAUGGCGUUUACUGGAACACGGCUACCAACCAAUGCGACUUCCCCGAAAACACCGACUGCACCAAUCUGCCGAAUCCAGCAGCACCGGAAACGUCGACGCCAUCCGCAGAAACAACGACGAUAUCAAGCACACCGGACUGUUAUGGCAGUGACAUUUUUUACCCAAACUACAACGACUGCAGCCAGUACUACAUCUGCAUUGGAUUGCAACCAAUCCUGAUGAGUUGCCCGACCAACUAUCUAUGGAACAGCAAAACCGCCCAGUGCGAUCUUCCCGCUAAAGCAGUUUGUGCGAAGAAAUAA